UAGGUUCUUAUCAGUGAAGAAGAUUUCAUAGUUUUUUGUUUGUUUUAAGGAUAGUAAGGAAGUCGAGAAUUUUUUGUUCCAGAAGAGUAGUAUUUUUUACACACAUACUAUUCCCAUAAUCUGGUCACUGAAGGGACGUGUAAAAUAAAGCAGGUAUAAACAGUUUGAGGGGCGCAGUUUGUAACAGUACCUUCCAUUUGUGUGACAGUUUAUGAAAUGCAAAGCCCACAAAAACAUAAAUGUGCUUCUCCUUUGCUCUUGGCAACGACCUUAUGAGACAUUGAAGUGUAGAGAGAGCUUGUAUUUAUUAUUCUGUUUUACAGAUGAGAAAACAAAGACCCCGAGAAGUCAUGGGCACAAAACCAGCUAUUAAGUAGCAGAGAUGAGACUGACUACAAAAACCUAGAUGUUAUGACUGCUAGGCUCGUGAACUUUCCACUCUCCCGUGCUACCUGCAAGAAUUAAAGAAGACCUAAGUGUGAUUGAGAGAGGGAUUUUGAAAUCUAGUACAAUCAUGGAUUUGUUUAUUUCUCCUAUCAGUUUUCACGCAUUUGGAAACUCUGCGACCAGGUUCUGCCGGAGACUUCCAUUUGGCCUCAAUGUGAAAGUAGAGUAGAAAAUCGCAUCUACAUGUGUAUUGCUAUCAGAAUGUUGAUUCAUUGGUCAUGCCUGAAGAGGGAAAUUCUGUCCUAAUGGCUGACUGCCAGUGAAAAUAGAUGCUUAUCCUAGAUGUCAAGCAUCUCUCCUUUUUACUGGAGUGAAAAUCCCCUCCAGAUACCAACAGAACAUCAACUGCAGAAAAUGCUUCACAUUUUAAGGAUGUCAGCAACCUAAAUUCAUGCGCCCUGUCUGCACAGUAGCUGUGGAUGGUUUACCAUCUGAAAGCUCCUCAAGCUCUUAUCCAGGCCCCGUAUCUGUUUCUGAAAUGUCUCUGCUUCAUGCUCUGGGCCCAGUGCAGACCUGGCUGGGGCAGGAGCUGGAGAAAUGUGGCAUCGAUGCCAUGAUUUAUACCCGCUAUGUCCUCAGUCUUCUGCUGCAUGACAGCUACGAUUACGACCUGCAGGAACAGGAGAAUGACAUCUUCCUGGGCUGGGAAAGAGGAGCUUACAAGAAAUGGGGAAAGAGUAAGAAAAAGUGCUCAGACCUGACUCUAGAAGAAAUGAAAAAACAGGCUGCUGUCCAGUGUCUUCGCUCUGCUUCUGACGAAGUACUUUCUGGAGUGAUGGAACCAGGCAGGACACCAGGCACCCAAGAUGAGAGCUCUGGCAUCGAGACUUUAGUGGAGGAGCUCUGCUCCAGACUGAAGGACCUUCAGAGCAAGCAAGAAGAGAAGAUUCACAAAAAGUUAGAGGGGUCUCCCUCUCCAGAGGCAGAAUUAUCCCCUACAGCAAAGGAUCAAGUGGAAAUGUACUAUGAAGCAUUUCCGCCACUGUCUGAGAAACCAGUUUGCCUGCAGGAAAUCAUGACUGUGUGGAACAAGUCUAAAGUCUGUUCUUACUCUAGCCCUUCUUCAUCAUCCACAGCCCCAGCAGCUAGCACAGACACAUCCUCCCCCAAGGACUGCAACAGCGAAGGCGAAGUCAGCAAGGAAAGAAGCAGUGAAGCGCCAGGCACCGUACACACGAAAAUCCAGGGCAGAAGUAAGAGUGAGAAGGAGAACAAAUUCAGUAAUGGCACAAUGGAAGAAAAGCCUGCUUUGUACAAAAAGCAGAUCCGACAUAAACCUGAAGGAAAGCUUCGCCCUCGCUCUUGGUCUUCUGGCUCGAGUGAAGCAGGCUCAAGUUCAAGUGGUCAUCAGGGAGAACUAAAAGCAUCCGUGAAGUGUGUGAAAGUCAGACACAAGACCCGAGAGAUUCGUAACAAGAAAGGGCGGAACGGGCCAAGCAGGCUCUCGCUGAGGACCGGCGACAAGGCUGAGAGGGGCACGCACGUGGCAGGGAGCGGCGGUGGGGGAGCCCCCAUCAAGCCGCUGUGCCGGCGCGGGAAGAGGCCCUUGAAGGACCCGGGGAGAAGAGACGCUGGCAGCGCGGAAGGAAGAGAUCUGUCCCUGGAGAGCAGAAACGACCGAGAGUAUAAAGAGGAACCACUGUGGUACACCGAACCGAUUGCUGAGUAUUUCGUUCCUUUGAGCAGAAAAAGCAAACUGGAGACCACGUACCGAAACCGACAGGAUACGAGUGAUCUGACGUCAGAGGCGGUGGAAGAGUUGUCAGAGUCUGUGCACGGUCUUUGUAUCAGCAACAGUAAUAUUCAUAAAACAUACCUCGCAGCAGGUACUUUCAUUGAUGGUCAUUUUGUAGAAAUGCCUGCGGUUAUCAAUGAGGAUAUUGACCUCACUGGGACCUCGUUCUGUUCUCUCCCAGGGGACAACAAGUAUCUGGAUGAUAUUCAUCUGUCAGAAUUAACACACUUCUAUGAAGUGGAUAUUGAUCAAUCCAUGUUGGAUCCUGGUGCCUCAGAAACAAUGCAAGGAGAAAGUCGGAUUUUGAAUAUGAUUCGACAAAAAAGCAAAGAGAAAACGGAUUUUGAGGCAGAAUGUUGCAUAGUGUUAGAUGGAAUGGAGUUGCAAGGGGAACGUGCAAUAUGGACAGAUUCCACCAGCACUGUGGGUGCCGAGGGAUUCUUCCUGCAAGACCUGGGCAACCUGGCUCAGUUUUGGGAGUGCUGUUCAUCCAGCUCGGGUGAUGCCGACGGAGAGAGUUUCGGCGGAGACUCUCCAGUUAGACUCUCUCCCAUCCUGGACAGCACAGCACUCAGUCCGCAUUUGCUUGCUGGCAAUCAGGAGCUCUUUUCAGAUAUUAAUGAAGGAUCUGGCAUAAACUCAUGUUUUUCAGUGUUUGAAGUGCAAUGCAGUAAUUCUGUUCUACCAUUUUCGUUUGAAACUCUCAACUUGGGAAAUGAAAAUACGGAUUCUAGUGCUAAUAUGCUUGGGAAAACCCAGUCUAGAUUGCUAAUAUGGACCAAAAAUAGUGCCUUUGAAGAAAAUGAACACUGUUCUAAUCUUUCAACAAGAACUUGUAGCCCAUGGUCCCAUUCAGAAGAAACACGUUCAGACAACGAGACGUUAAAUAUUCAGUUUGAAGAGUCCACUCAGUUUAAUGCAGAAGAUAUUAAUUAUGUAGUUCCUAGAGUCUCGUCAAAUUAUGUAGAUGAAGAACUUCUAGAUUUUUUGCAAGAUGAAACUUGCCAGCAAAACAGUAGAACGUUAGGAGAAAUUCCUACCUUAGUUUUCAAAAAAAAAUCGAAACUAGAAUCUGUCUGUGGUAUUCAGCUCGAACAAAAGACAGAACACAAAACCAUGGAAACUGCCCGAGGGGGUGGCGAGAGCGGUCCACGUGGUGGCGGCUACAGCUCAGGGGUUAUUAAAGACAUUUGGACAAAGAUGGCAGACGGGGGAUCUGCCGCGCCAGUGGACAUGGAUAGAGUUGACGAGGAGUUGUUCCCAACAGACGUCGGUAACUACUGCUGCUGCCUGGACGCCGAGGCUGAGGCCGAGAGCCUGCGGGAGCCCCACAAGGCCGUGCAGAGGUCCGAGUAUCGUCUGUGGGAGGGGCAGAAGGAGAGCCUGGAGAAGAGAGCGUUCGUUUCCGGGGCGCUCUCGAAGGUGGACGGGGGCGACUACACUACACCCUCUAAACCCUGGGACGUGGCCCCAGACAAAGAGAACACAUUCAUUCUCGGCGGAGUUUACGGCGAGCUCAAGACCUUCAGCAGCGACGGGGAGUGGGCGGUCGUGCCACCCAGUCACACCAAGGGAAGCCUGUUACAGUGUGCGGCUUCCGACGUCGUGACCAUAGCUGGUACGGACGUCUUCAUGACCCCAGGAAACAGCUUCGCUCCCGGUCACAGGCAGCUGUGGAAGCCCUUCGUGUCAUUCGAACAGAGUGAUCAGCCGAGGAGUGGGGAAAAUGGAUUAAAUAAGGGAUUUUCUUUUAUCUUCCAUGAAGACUUACUAGGAGCUUGUGGUAACUUUCAGGUUGAGGAUCCUGGGCUGGAAUAUUCCUUCUCGUCCUUUGACUUAAGCAAUCCAUUCUCGCAGGUUCUUCAUGUGGAGUGUUCGUUUGAACCCGAGGGGAUUGCCUCUUUCAGCCCUAGUUUCAAACCGAAGUCAAUCCUCUGCUCUGAUUCAGACAGCGAAGUUUUUCACCCCAGAAUCUGUGGCGUCGACAGAACACAGUACCGGGCGAUUCGGAUCUCUCCUCGGACUCACUUCCGCCCCAUUUCUGCAUCCGAGCUGUCCCCGGGAGGAGGAAGUGAGUCAGAAUUUGAAUCUGAGAAAGAUGAAGCAAAUAUUCCCAUUCCUUCUCAGGUUGAUACAUUUGAAGACCCACAGGCAGAUCUCCAACCACUGGAAGAAGAUGCCGAGAAAGAAGGCCAUUACUAUGGAAAAUCAGAGCUGGAGUCUGGAAAAUUCCUCCCCAGGUUAAAAAAAUCUGGCAUGGAAAAGAGUGCUCAGACAUCACUGGAUUCUCAGGAGGAAUCAGCUGGGAUUCUGCCAGUGGGAAAGCAGGAGCAGUGUUUGGAAUGUAGCAUGAAUGAAUCUCUGGAAAUUGCUUUAGAAAGUUCAGAAGCUAAUUGUAAAAUAAUGGCACAAUGUGAGGAAGAAAUUAAUAAUUUUUGCAGUUGCAAAGCAGGUUGUCAGUUUCCUGCUUACGAAGAUAAUCCUGUUUCUUCGGGACAGCUGGAAGAGUUUCCCGUAUUGAACACUGAUGUUCAAGGAAUGAAUAGGAGCCAAGAAAAGCAAACCUGGUGGGAAAAAGCCUUGUACUCUCCUCUCUUUCCUGCGUCAGAGUGUGAAGACUGUUAUACAAAUGCCAAGGGAGAGAAUGGUAUAGAAGAGUGUCCAGAUGGUAAAGACAUACCCAGUAACGAAGAGCGUCUGUUAGAUUUUAAUAGGGUGUCUUCUGUUUAUGAAGCAAGGUGUGCGGGAGAGAGAGGUGCCGGAGCAAAACCCAGCGGCUUCCGCAGAAAGAUCUACUCCAGCGCCAGCUCCGGCUCGGAGGGCUCCGGCUCGGAGGGCGGAGGCGAGUGGGUGGACCCUGGCGAAGAAGAGCUCUUUUCUCGAACUCAUCUCUAAUCCUGCAGCGUAGUACAAAUUAUUUUUUGAGAGCGAUAUGUGAUGGCAAAUACCCUUUUGUGAGGCCUGUUAAUCUAAAGCAACAACUUAGGUUUCUUCUUCAAUUAACUGAUUCAGAUCAGCAAUUAUCUUUCUCUUCUUGCUUAUUUUAGAGUUGAGGACAGCUAUCCUGUUGAAGAUUUUUUUGUUUUCCAAGCUGUUGAAUUCUUGGCUAUCUGAAAUAGACUAGAUUGUGUUGUCAAAUCAA